GUGGCCGUUGGGCGGACAUUCCUCGGAGUCUGAGCAGUCAGGCACACGCUGGAGGAGCUGGGGGGCUAGCUGAAAGGACUUUGUGGAAACUUAAAGCUCCAUUAAAAAAGCCAAUAUGACUUCGACAAAUAUGUUUCAGGGGCUGGAUACCGGAGCAAAGCCGAGCUCGAGGGUGUUGAGGCCUCCUGGAGGUGGGUCUAGUAAUCUUUUUGGUGGAUAUGAAGAGGACGCUUCAGCUCAAAGAAAGUCCAACAAGAUGGCCUCUUCAGUAUUUGCUCCUCCUGAGGAGCCUCAAACCUCUGUCAAACGCUCAAACCCUCCAGGUGGGAAGACAAGUAAUAUAUUUGGCCAACCUGAACCUCCAGCUCAGCCUCAGAAACCUGUACCUCCAGGUGGACCCUCAAGUGUCAACAUAUUUGGGUCAGCAGACUCUACACCAGUUCAAAGCCCCAGUCGGAGCCACCCCAAUAAGCCAAAGGACAAUCUAAAAGUUGGACCAGAGUCACCAGCACCUGAACCGAUAGUGAGCCAGCCUGAGGCGAAGGCAGAAGCCCCAGCACCAGCCCCAGCACCAGAGCCAGUCAAAGAGGUGCCUCCAGUCUCAUCUGUGCCUGAGCCAAAGACCGCUGCCCCCGCUGUUACUGAUGAGGCUUCCCUGAAGAAUCACGAGCCCCAUCUCGGACCCAAACCUCGCUCCCACAACAGGGUCCUCAAUCCCCCAGGAGGAAAGUCCAGUGUUGUGUUCUAUUGAUUGCCUCUAAAUUUACCGCUCCUGCCUGAUUGUUUGUCUGUCUGCCUUCUUUCAUUCCAACAUUCACCUCCCAACGGUUAUCUCAUCAUCUUAACAUCGCAGGAGUUUUACCUUUUGUUUGCCUCAACCACUCGCACUUAAGUCUCUUACUAAGGCCUCGUUCAUUAAUUAUACAUAAGCAGCAGCCUACCAUUCAAUACAGAUGUGUUUUCAAUCAACUGCACAUCUAUUGUAAUGAAAUGGUUUUGCAACAGUAUCCCAGGUGAAUAUUGUGGUGUGUCAAAUGGUUAAAGGAUAUGCAAUUUUGCCUUAGGAUUUGCUAAAUGAAUGCUAAAAAUUCCAAUGUUUUAGAUUGAAAACUAUGUGCAAGUUACUACUUUGUCUGUCUAUAUUUUAGCCAGUGGCCUUACUAAAACAUCCAUGUACUCCUUUUUGAUUAUGUGUAGAUUAAAAUGGCUGAUGAGCCGAAUGUUUAAAAGAGAAGCCAAAAAUUAUACUGACAAAUCAAAUCAUCGCAAUCACAUCCAAGUGUCAAAAACAAUUCCACUUGUAAUAUUUUAUCUGAAUAUAUUGUGCAGGUAGUUUUCUGCUUUGUUCUCAUUGCUUUGUUUGAAAAAGUGAGUUAUCGCAUGAGGUAGGCCUUUCUUUAUGUUUUAAAUUAAAACGGCUGAAGACAGUGCUUUGACCGCCUGAUAUCCAAUGGACUUUCUAUUCAUUCCCCUCAGACUGUAUUACACAUUUUAUGGUUUUAGGGUGCUACCUUGUUUAGUAGUGUUUGUCUGGUCAGCAAUGAACACAGCAGAAAGAAUCCUGUAAGUUGCAAUAAAGUUGUUCUGAAUUUUGA